AUGUCCAACGACGCUUCCAAGGGCGCAUCGGGCUUUAGCUUCGGCGGCGCCGGCGGAGGAUCCAUCUUCGGAGCAGCGAACACCAACACGUCCGGUAGCAGCGUGUUUGGCAGCAGCACUGGAAACAAGCCUGGUGCCGGCGGCGCCAGCCUCUUUGGCGCGAGCACCGGCCAGAGUUCAUCCACUACACCUGGUGCCUCAGGAUCCAGUUUGUUCGGCGGUGGCGGCACCCCGGCUUCGACUGGCGCGUCGCAGCCGGGCCUCUUUGGUGGAGCUGCCGCUGGUAGUGGUAGCGGCAGUGGCAGCGGUCUUUUCGGCGGCGGCGCAGGCAGCUCGCCAUUCAAGACUGGCACCACCACACCUGGAGCUGCCCCUGCAACCACACCCGCAAAGCCCGCGUUUCCCUCUUUCGCAGGUUCAACCACUCCAGCUGGCCCGCCUCCCGCAAGCUCUACCGGCGGGUUUUCUUUCGGUAAUCAGGCCUCUGCGCAGCCGGCUGCCAGCCCUUUCCCGCUCGGUGGAGGCAGCAAUGCCGCCAGUAAGCCUGCAAGCAACUUGUUUGGAGGUCUUGGAGGCUCGUCGAGCAGUGCUCCUCAAUCCACUCCAGCUACCGCUGCGCCCAGUGCCUCGACCCCGACGCAGAACCAAUCCGGCGGAAACUUGUUCAGCAACAUGGGAGGAUCUACAGGCAACAAACCCGCCUUCAGUAUUGGUGGCGCUACGCCCUCUACUCAGCCGGCACAGCCUCAAGAUGCGGCCAAACCGGCAGGCUCUGGUUUGUUCAAUCUAGGUUCCUCAACCGGAAAUAAGCCUUCCUCGCCCUUCACCCUCGGUGGGGCUUCUUCGGGUCAGUCUUCUUCUGGAAAUGCUGCAGCACCUUCUCCAUUCGCCCUAGGCAGUGGUGGUUCACAGCCUGCGAGCUCAAAACCUGCAACAACGGCUGCUUCGACCGCAUCCGACAAGCCAAGUCUUUUCAGCCCUGGUGCUACCGCGCCCGCAACUGGUGGUCUUUUCGGCGGCGGCGCCAAGGACAGCAACAAAGAAACGUCUUCCACUGGCACGGCCCCACCCCAGACUCCUGCUACCUCCGGUAGUGGGUUCAGUCUGUUCAACAAGCCUACUGAGACACCCGCUUCCACGGGCGCUACCCUGGCAACACCGGCUGCAACGACUCCUGCAGCAUCAAGCGCAUUCAAACUGGGUGGCACUGCGCCAGCCCAGGGCUCUAGCACUUCCCAAGCAUCGAAUACAGCGACUGCCGCUCCCGCUUUCAGCCUGGGUUCUACCACAGGCCAAAGUUCCAGUACCUCUACUGCGCAGCCCGCAACAACGGCUAUCUCUGGGAUUGCCUCCACCCCGGCUCCUGCUGCGGCAGGUAAUGGCAGCCUAGGUGCAUCUACCAUUGGACAGCCGCCUAAUGCUCAAUCUCGUCUGAAGAACAAGUCUAUGGACGAGAUCAUCACACGCUGGGCGACUGACCUGUCGAAGUACCAGAAGAGCUUCCAGAGCCAGGCGAAGCAAGUUGCGGAAUGGGACCGAAUGCUCGUGGAGAACAGCGAUAAGAUUUCCAAGCUCUACAGCAAGACUUUCCAGGCGCGAAAGGAUACCGAGGAAGUAGAGCGGCAGCUGACAGCUGUUGAGAGUGACCAGGCUGAGUUGUCCAGGUGGCUGGACAACUAUGAGAGGGAAGUUGAUGAUUUGAUGGACAAGAUGGUUGGCGGUCAAGACGGCCUUCAGGGACCAGACCAGGAGAGAGAGAGAACGUACAAGCUUGCGGAGAAACUCUCUGAUCGUCUGAACGAUUUGAACAAGGAUUUGUCCGAUAUGAUCGAGGAGAUCAACAGCGUCUCGGCGACUCUCAGCAAGACGGAUAAGCCUGAUGAUCCGCUCUCUCAGGUUGUCCGCGUCCUCAACAACCAUCUCUCACAGCUCCAGGCGAUCGAUUCGGGUGCUGCGGAGCUUCACGAAAAGGUCACCAAGGCGCAGAAAGAGGCUCAGAGUUACCGCGUCAAUGGCCAGGCCGUCCUCGGUAACGACGCUGCGGACGACUUCUAUCGUUCGUUCAUGGGGCGCCGCUGA